AUGCCAAAGUCCGGCAUAUUCCUUACACAAAAAGGCAAGUGGAAUAUCACACUUGGCAAGGCUGAGACUAAUCAACGUAGAUAUGGCAUUACCUCUACUCAUCUGGGGUUUAUAAAAAGAAGUCAUGUUAUCAUACUUUGCUUCGUCAAACAACCGCAACACCGGCUGCAGCUCGAAAACGCCGAAGUCCUCUUUGCAGUCAGCGACCACAAGCCUUGUAUCAUCAUGGUAUGUGGUGAUCAGACAAAUUUGCAAGAUCCAAUUCCCUUCCCCACAGUCAUUCUAACCUCCGGCUACACCGCGAGAGAAAUGGAGGAUGCAGCUGCAUUGAUCUUUGGAGAGCGCGAAUCCAACCCUAGGCUAGGACUAGCUAGUUCAACAUCCAGCGAGACGGUGCCAAUACGGCCUAGGCUUUGGGCUGUUGACGAAUGGAACGAAACCAGAGAUGUAUCGAGUGUUCUCAAUCUGUGGACUGAUAAUUUUGAUGUCCGGUUCUCCUUAGACCUUGAGUCUUUCGUAUCUCUCCUUCGCCGCCCAGGUUACGCAAAGCAUUAUGUAGUUCGUCACCCUAAAGAUGGCGAAGUCCUUGGUUUCUGUGCUACAUACCUUUCAUACGUUGAUCGAGUAGGUGAGAGGCUUAUUGCAUCUCUAGCAGUUCUUGUAGUUGGAAAGACAUGUCGACAGCAAGGUAUUGGUCUCAGUCUUCAUAAUCAUGCUAUUAAACAACUUGGACAAUCGCGAGGGAUUAUCCGUUUUGAGCUUGGCAGCACAUUUCCGAGACUCUUGUAUGGGCCACCUCUUUCUUCUUCCCGAGCAUUGACUGUGAACGACGAGUGGUUUCGCCGAAGAGGCUGGACGCUAAACAGGGAAUUACAGGGCCAGGGCCAAUCUGUGUAUGACUUGAUUCUUGACUUUACAAAAUGGAAUUUUCGGCAGAGUCAACAGCAAGAAGGGUUCACUUUUCGACAGAGUGUACAAGAGGAUAUGGUCAAGAUCCUUCUCUUGGUAGAGGAAGCAUCCAUCAAACAAGGCAACCUGGGAUGGUUCGAUCAAUACUCUGAUCUGAUGAACGGGCCCUACGUAAAAGAUAUCAUAUUAUGUCUGGAGGGAGAUCAAAUCAUUGCAACAGCGCUCACAUACACUCCAUCCUGUGGCAGUUCAAUAUCUUCUAAUUUACCCUGGGCAGGACGGAUCGGCCAUGAUGUUGGCGGAGUUACAUGCAUAUGUGUUUCCCCACAAAGAAAAGAGUCAAUACGCCUUGAACUACUAAAUGCAUGUAUUAAAAAACUAUACCAGCAAGGUAUGAGGAGAAUGUUCUUUGAUGGUGUGGCAAAUGAUGUGGACGAAUUAAAAGAACUCGGUUUUGAGGAAUGGGCAAAGUACCGCGAUGUUUGGAAGGACACGGCAUAUAUACAACCUGGCUUUAAAGAGCAUUUGUACAUUCUAAAGGCUCCACAAAGCAUGCUACGAAGACUCUCCUCCGCAAUGAUGAUCCUCCGAAUAACAUGA